CGGCGUGAUGGUCAUUCAAAGCGCGGACUCUCACUGUUGCCCACUCGUACAAACCAUUCCCUCCCUCUGCCCUGACAUAUUCUAACUAAAGCUGCCCCCUUUCUUUAAGUUUGCUUGUACUUAAGAGCCAGUUGGUUUGUAGAAGUCUCGCAGGUGUGUUGUGUGUGGAUAGUGUGUUACCUGGUGCAUGGUAGGCACGUGAAGAGCCUGUUGUUCCGGCCUAGCUGAUUUGCAUAUGGAACAGUCCUCAGAGACCAGAGCGAGAGGAAAGACCGCCAAAACUCACAUACCUGCAGCUGGCGACCAGUCGUCGACAAAAACCCGGAGGAAAAACCACUGGGAAAGGAAAUAUUAAGGUUCCACCCCGACUCUAACCCAGCACCAUGUACCGUAACGACCCCGUGCCGGCCGUGGCCGUGCCUAUGCCGGACCCCAUGGCCAUCAAGCCGUCCGAGUCUCAGGCUGACCUGGUCAGGAACAUCGAGACUCAGCCCGUCAAGGGCGCGCAGCAGGAGGAGUACGAUCCAUGGCACGUGGCCAGGCUCAAGGACGAGGGAACCAAAUGGAGAGACCUGAGCGGUAAAGGGAAGGUCCUGCGGGCUUUAGGCUGGGUCGUGAAGCCGCUACUCCUGCUCGGACUCAUCUAUCUGUUCAUCUGUUCCCUGGACUUCCUCAGUUCCGCCUUUAGACUGCUGGGCGGACGUGCAGCCGGUGAGACCCUGAGUAACAACGAGCUCCUGACCAACCCUGUAGCGGGCCUGAUGAUCGGUGUGCUGGCCACUGUGCUGGUGCAGAGCUCCAGUACCAGCACGUCCAUAGUCGUCACCAUGGUGGGGGCAGGAAUUCUAGAGGUGAGGCCGGCGAUCCCCAUCGUGAUGGGAGCGAACAUCGGCACGUCCGUCACCAACACCAUCGUGUCGCUGGCGCACGCCGGGGACAGGGACGAGUUCCGCCGCGCGUUCGCCGGAGCCACCGUGCACGACAUGUUCAACUGGCUCAGCGUCAUCGUGCUACUGCCGCUCGAGGUGAUGUCGGGUUACCUGUACCACCUGACCGGCGCCAUCCUCAGGUCCUACAAACUCGAGACGAACGAAGACGCCGACGUAGAGAUCCUCAAGGUCAUCACUAAGCCCUUCACCAGUCUUGUCAUCAAGAUCGACAAGAAAGUGAUCGAAAACAUCGCCAAAGGAUCGAACGAAACGAAGGGUCUGCUGAAGAAGGGAGACUAUCUCUUCUCCAACACGGGUCUGACUGAGGCCCAGCUCGGGAUUGUCCUGCUCAUCCUGUCUCUCAUCAUCCUCUGUGUCUGUCUGGUGCUCAUCGUCAAGCUGCUGCACUCCAUGCUGAGGGGACGUGUGGCGUACUGGACCAAGAAGGUCAUCAACGCAGAGUUCCCGGGGAAGGCGUCCUUCCUGACGGGGUACCUGGCCAUCGCGGCCGGGGCCGGCAUGACGUUCAUCGUGCAGAGCAGCUCCAUCUUCACCUCCGCCCUCACGCCGCUGGUCGCCGUCGGGGUCCUGCACAUCGAGCGCUGCUACCCGCUCACUCUGGGCGCCAAUAUCGGCACCACGGCGACCGCCAUCCUGGCCUCCCUGACCUCCACUACGGAGAAGGCCCUGUCCAACUCCCUCCAGCUGGCGCUCUGUCACUUCUUCUUCAACAUCAGCGGCAUCAUCCUCUGGUACCCCAUCCCCAACCUGGUGCAGGCCUGCGCGCCAAAUAUGGUGAAGUGGUUACCCCAUCCCCCUAUCGUCCUGGCCAAGUGGCUCGGCAACAAGACGGCCAAGUACCGGUGGUUCGCGCUGGUGUACCUGUUCCUGAUGUUCUUCAUCUUCCCCGCGGUGGUGUUCGGGCUGUCGUUCGCCGGCUGGCAGGUGCUGGUGGGGGUCGGCGUGCCCAUCCUCGUCUUCCUCGCCGCCAUAGCCGUCAUCAACGUCAUGCAGGUGCAGUUCCCUCGUUUCCUGCCGAGUAAGCUGCGUACCUGGAACUUCCUGCCGGCCUACUUCCACUCCCUGAAGCCGUACGACUACGUCUGCACCCGGGCACUCGCGCCCUGCGGCAGGGUCUGCAAGUGCUGUCGACAGGUAACUGAUGAAGACGAGGAAGCGGACCAGAACGCCUACCUGUAAAACGUCAGCACUACUGCUGUACUACGUCACGUCUUCCCGGGCAAGACGUCACGCCUUUGUGUGUAAUAUCGCAUGUUUCUGAACAUCACAAGAAUUGCAGUACAUCUAACGACAUAAGUUAAUGCUCCCUUUUAUGAGCUGACCACUAAUAAAGAUUCAAAUACAUUCACCACAAGUAUUUAGGCA